AUUUCCUUCUGCUGCCAUUCCUUCCGAAUUCCUUAUUCUGAACUUGAGUUAAUGGAAAUGAUUUUUGUAUUCUUAUUUAAACAUCUUAAUAUUGUGCCAUGUGCAUCUGUUGUAUGUGGCUGCAGCACCAAGCCAGUGGCAGAAGCCUUCUGUGAGGCGGCAUUGCUUGCUCGGCUGAGAGGAGAGCAGUGGAGUGAGAUGCAAGAGAAGGGGAGGCCAGAGAUUUUUGUGCUGGUAAGGAAUCUGAGGUCUGCCGUCUAUCGGCUUGCCCUUGCAACCAUUGUAGUGGAACAGCAGGUGGAAGACAUGGAGUUCAUAUCCCAUUUGUUAUUACUUGAGAGGUCAUAUGCAAUUCACAAAGGUUAUUCUACUCUUCUAUCAGGCAGAAGCUCUUGAUUUGGAGAAAAUUGUGCUUCAAACAGUAGCGGAAGUUGUAGAGGGCUGGAGAAUAGAUGAUAUAAGCGGUCUCUUAGGUCAUUAUAAUUUUAAAGCCAACAUGCUUGACAGAAAAGUCUCACUUUUGAGUGGUGAUGAGGUAUAUGAAAUGUCUAACAUGCUAUUUUUGAUUUUGCCUGUUUGGCUAUAUUAGGCUAUGUGGCUGCAUGGAAAGUUGUAUUUCUAUAACC